CCCGAAGAGUACUUCACGACGCGCGCCCCCGCGUUUGCGUGUUCAGACUCGCGUGCACGCGUUAUCCAAUGUAGUACAGGAGGAAAAAUCCGCGUUCACGUAAACAUAUACACUGAUCGAAGCCAGGUGGACGUGGUAUUGGUUUCUUUUCGACCGUCAUUUCAAGUGCGACGUUCAAACAAGCCGUGAUCGUUCACGGAAAUCGGUAGAAGGCCCCCCCCUCCCUCCUUCCACGACCGAGCGGAACGAUGGCGGAGUCGGGCGACACCGCAGAGGCGGUAACAGGAGCCGCGGGCUCGGAGGGCAGCGCCGCCGAUACUGGCGGAACAGCCGCGCCUGAUGGAGCCACUGGAGCCGCGGGACCCAAACCCGGCCUGGAGUCGGUGAAAGGACAAAAUUUCGACGUGGGCCCGCGUUACACCGAUCUCCUAUACAUCGGGGAGGGGGCCUAUGGGAUGGUCUGCUCUGCUUUUGACCAUGUGAACAAGCUCAGAGUGGCCAUUAAGAAGAUCAGCCCAUUUGAGCACCAGACAUACUGCCAGCGCACGCUGCGAGAGAUCAAGAUCCUGCUGCGCUUCCGCCACGAGAACAUCAUCGGCAUCAACGACGUCCUGAGAGCGCGCAACAUUGACUACAUGCGUGAUGUCUACAUCGUCCAGGACCUGAUGGAGACGGACCUGUACAAGUUGCUGAAGACCCAACAGCUCAGCAACGAUCACAUCUGCUACUUUCUGUACCAGAUCCUGCGUGGGCUGAAGUACAUUCACUCUGCCAAUGUCCUCCACAGAGACCUGAAGCCCUCCAACCUGCUCAUCAACACCACCUGUGACCUCAAGAUCUGUGACUUUGGGUUGGCACGGAUAGCUGACCCAGACCAUGACCACACUGGAUUCCUCACAGAGUACGUGGCCACUCGCUGGUACCGUGCUCCCGAGAUCAUGCUCAAUUCUAAGGGCUACACAAAGUCCAUCGAUAUUUGGUCAGUGGGUUGCAUCCUGGCUGAGAUGUUGUCCAAUCGGCCCAUUUUCCCAGGGAAGCACUAUCUAGACCAACUCAAUCAUAUACUUGGCAUCCUGGGCUCGCCUACUCAUGAGGAUCUAAGCUGUAUAAUCAACAUGAAAGCCAGGAGCUACCUGCAGUCUCUCCCACAUAAGCCCAAAAUUGCCUGGAACAAGCUCUUUAUCAAGGCGGAUAGCAAAGCUCUGGAUUUGUUGGACCGCAUGUUGACCUUUAACCCCAUGAAGCGUAUAACGGUGGAAGAAGCACUGGCACACCCUUACCUGGAGCAGUACUAUGACCCCACUGAUGAGCCAGUGGCUGAGGAGCCCUUCACCUUUAACAUGGAGCUAGAUGAUCUUCCUAAAGAGAAGCUGAAGGAACUCAUCUUUGAAGAGACCGCACGAUUCCAGGCAAACUACCAAGGUUCCUGAGGGAAGCAAGCACCCAAGGAGAGCUCAAGCCACACUAAGGCUAAGAACAAGAUUACUCCAAACAAGCUACAAAAGAUGUACACACAUGCACGCGCGCGCACACACGGUAUCCAAAAAAAAAAAAAGAGGAAAAAAAACGUACAUGGAAAACUUGAGCUUUUCUUUUCUUUCUCGCCUGGAGGCUCUGUUUGGGUUUCUAAACUGCUAUCUUAACACCAUCAAAUGGGGGCAGCUGUAUCCACCAUGCCACUCCAUGCUGCACACAGCCCCUACUCUUACUCUUCAUGCUUAUCUCCACACAAUUUUUUUUUUUUCUUCCUUGCACUCUCUCAUCUUGUCACUUUUGGCCUGUUAGUGGCCCUUUUUUUUUUUUUUAAAUGAUGGAGAAAGAAUAGGGAGGGAGAGAAUAAGCAAGCAUGUCGUUACUGUGGGCUCCAGCUGGGUGUGUGUAUAUGUAAUUUUGACUUUUUUUUUUCCUUCAUUCUGAGUAUUGUAUGUCCAAGAUCGAUUUGUGCACUGUAAUUUGAACGUUAUGAUCCUUUGCAAAAUGUGUUUUGUAUGUGGAGAGGGAGUUUGAGCAUUUGUUAGGUUUUUUUUUUUUUUCCCUUUUUAGGUUGGUUUUCCUUGUGAGCUUUUUCAGCUCCGGAGUGUGAAAGCCAAUGCUGGUGAUUCCAAAAAUAUACAGGAUGAUGUAUAAAACUGAAUCUUGCUUUACUUACUGUACCAUAUCCAAUUCCAUUGAUGGGUUUUCUUGAAACGCUCUCGCCAGUGCUCUUGGAAAAUGAAGCCAUCAGUAUCCUUGAUCUGAAAUCUCAUCCCCACACCCUUUUCUUUUUCUCGUUGUCUAUCUCUCUGCUCUUAAUUAGUUCAUUUUUGCCACUGCACUCACUUUUUUUUUUUUUUAAACACCUUGACUGUUCAUUUCCUCGAUGUUGAUUAGAUUUUUCUCCCAGUUGUUGCUCUUACUUUUACAAUAGCAGUCAUCGAUGGCUGACUUUAAGAUGACUCUUCUCCCCUCCCCCUCUACCCAUUAGUAUAUUUUAUCGUAGAUUUUAACCGCUGAUCCCUUGACACCGCUUUCCUCCAGCAUUACUUCACAUUCUUUCUCCUCACGUUGCCAGUUGAGGAGGCCUAGCCAAGCCGAACGCUUUCAGAGCCAUAGCACACACUCCUUCCCCCCCCCCGGUGAUGUCACAAAUUCUUCAAAAAGGGCUUUUUUUCCACGGGGCUUGCUGACCUCAAUGCCUCUCUCGCCUGUGAUUGGCUGACCUUGUGAUAAUGUAGUCUGUGACUGGCUGACUUUGCAUGCACCGAAUGGCAGGUAGUGUUUCUGAAUUUCCUGCUCGUUUGAAGAAGUGUUAUUGCCUCGUUUGUUUCCUGCAACUGACUAAACGCCUGUAACGAUGUAGAUAUAUGCUUUUCGUCAAGUCACUGAUGAGGAAAGCUAGCUCUCGGUGGGGGAAAUUGAGAAAUUUUUAAAUAGUGGGGGGGGGUUGUUUGUCUUUGAAUAAAUGCCGGGCCUGAUUUCUACACUGAUGUUCAUGGUUCUGUUGAUUUUAUUACUGUGUGGGGAGGACAAAAGUGCACUCUAUAUAGCACGUUUCAUACAUCAGUCGAAUGACGUUCUUCAAUCUGUGCACCUGCACUUUGUCUCAUUACCAAAAGCUUUUGCUUCUUCCCCCCUCCAGUGCAGUUCUGGUCUGUCCUCUUUGUAGAAACUUUUUUCUUCUCUGGCACUUGGCUUUUUCUCUUGCUUUGCUGGUGCAUUGUGGGACAGGAAGGCACAGAUGCUGUGUCUGCAUGUCUGUCUGUUUCAGCUCUGAGCUGCUUUUUGCUCCGCGUUCUCUCGCUGCAAGUGACUCCACAUCGCUCACUGAGCCGAGGAGAACAAAUAAUUACCAAGGAAAAAUUUAUGCCGCGUUGUUUGUUAUUGAUGUAUCGCUUAUCUACAAAUGGGACCAUAGGGACUGAACAAUCACACAGCACACACCUACAGAUAUCCAUCACUGACACACAGUAUGAGUUGAGACCUACAAAUGAGGCAGAUUUAAUAAUGUCCUUUUAAUGGCUGUUCUUAUUAUUGCUGUUAUAUUGAGUCUUUUUAAGAACUGAAAGGGAUGUAAAACUUGUCUUUUUUUUUUUUUUUUUUUUCUUUUGCGUGUGUGUGUGAGAGAGAGAGAAUUAAUUGGGUGUGUCGUCAGUCUGUCGGAAAUCUAUUUUUCCCCUGAAUCUUUUAAGGAUUUAUUUUAAAAGAUGAUUUAAAACUGAGUAGAUUGUCAAGAAAUAUGAACCAUGGAUGGUUUGUGUAUGUACAUGCUUAUGGGUAUUAUGAAUUAAACAAUUAACAAAGAAACAGACUUCUAUACAUAUAUUAAAUAAAAUUCCUGAUACUGUAA